UGUCAAACUCCACCUUCCCACCUCUUUAACUAAAACCCCGUACCCACCAACAUCGCCCCUUUCAGGCCAGACCAGGAGGAGGAGCAUCGCCGUCCUCCUCCUCUGUCCGGCAUCGACAUGGAUCCGGAGGAUCGACGCAUUGGGCGGCGUCGCCGCCUCAUCGCCGCUUUCUUCUUGCUCUCCCUGGUGGCCUCCGCCCAUUGUCUGGACGCCGGACGAACGAUCAAGAAGAAGAAGAAGAAGCACGAGAUCAAGGGACCAAUCAAAACCCUAGUGAUCCUCGUGAUGGAGAGCCGGUCGUUCGAUCACAUGCUCGGCUGGAUCCGUGCCAAGGGCGGCCGCGAGUCCAAUCGCCUCAACGCCUCCGAGGUCUUCGAAGCCUCCCACGUUGACUCCCAUCCUGGACACUCCUUCCAGGCCAUCGGCGAGCAGAUGUUCGGCUCCGAGGACACUUCCUCUGUGCCCGCCCCCAUGGUCGGAUUCGCCCAGCAAGCCCAGAGCAUGGACGAUGGCAUGGCCUCCACCCUCAUGCGCGGGUUUACCCCCGAGGACGUCCCCGUCUACGCCGCCCUCUCCGAGGAGUUCGCGGUGUUCGACCGGUGGUUUGCCUCCGUGCCGGCCUCCUCCCAGCCCAACCGCUUCUUCGUCCACUCUGCCACCUCGCACGGCGCCUUCAGUAACGUCCGCCGCGACCUCGUCCAGGGAUUCCCUCAGAAGACCAUCUUCGAUUCCCUCGACGAUGAGGGCCUCAGCUUCGGCGUCUACUACCAGAGCAUCCCAUCUGUGUUCUUCUUCAAGAGCCUGCGAAAGCUCAAGCAUCUCGUCAAGUUUCACAGAUUCAAGCUCGCCUUCAAGCAGCACGCGAUGUUCGGCCGGCUGCCCAACUACGUCGUUAUCGAGCAGCACUAUUUCGAUACCAAGAUGUCACCAGCCAUUGACGACCACCCUUCCCAUGACGUAGUCAGAGGGCAACGGCUCGUGAAAGAGGUCUAUGAGGCUCUCCGGGCGAGCCCGCAGUGGAAUGAGACGGCCCUGCUCAUCACCUACGAUAAGCAUGGCGGAUUCUACGACCAUGUGUCUACCCCUGCCACGGGAGUGCCUAACCCGGACGGCAUCAUUGGCCCUGACCCGUUCUACUUUAAAUUUGGCAGGUUGGGAAUCAGAGUUCCUACCAUCCUCGUCUCACCGUGGAUCAACAAACGAACAGCAAUCCAUGAACCUAAAGGACCAAAGCAAGAUUCACAGUUUGAGCAUUCUUCUGUUCCAGCCACGGUAAAGAAAUUAUUCAAUCUGAAAUCAAAUUAUCUUACAAAGAGAGAUGCUUGGGCUGGGUCAUUCGAGAGCUAUUUCUACCUGAGGAAGACACCCCGAACGGACUGUCCAGCUAAUGUUUAUCUCUCAAAUUCAGAAACACUCCCUAAGGUGAAGCCCUUGCGACCAUCGGGACGGAUCGAAGACAAAGUCCUCUCGAAAUUCCAGCUUGAGCUAAUCCAACUCGCAUCUCAGCUCAACGGAGACCAUGCCCUCAACACUUACCCAGACAUCGGCAAAGGCAUGACCAUGGCCCAGGCAAACCAGUACACCGGCGAUGCAGUCGCAAGGUUCCUAGAAGCCGGAUGGGCGGCUCUAAGGGCUGGAGCUAAUGAUUCAGCCGUCGUCACAAUGCGGCCGGCAUUAACCAGCCGGACUUGUAGGUACUAUUCCAGUUCUUCAGCACAAAGUUGCUGAUUUUAUAACAAAAUAGAUACACCAACACAGUAGGCAGGAUAUAGUUGUGUGUCAUAAUAAAUAGUAAUUUUUGCAUCAUGUGAAUUCAGUUAAUCUCAUCAAGACAGAUGAUCUUUGUAAUCAUUAAGUUUGAAAAUAAAAAAAUAAAUCUUUUUCUAUCA